UUCAAGCAAAAUAUUAUGCUCUAGCUUUAGCAUUAAAGCAGAUAGUAAUGAAAGAAAAUGAAAAAGAGGAGGAAAAUAUUUACGAAAAUCUACACAGUAUUAAAUUAAACAUUUCUGAAGAGGAUAUGAGCAAAAUUAGUUUAAUUGAAAAUAAUUUUGUUUUGAUUGAGAAUUCUUUGAAGGAUUUGUCCGGGGAUUCUAAAUUAUUUGAGGAAUGCAAUGGAAUGAUUUUACUAAAGCUUGGGUAUGACAAAAACGAGUUUGUUUCACAGCUUGUAGAGGAAAUGAGCAAAAUUAUGUGGAAUUUGGAUUUUAAAUGUAUGUUGUUUUUUAUUUGA